GACCGUUUGCGGGUUCUGCGACUGUCACGUGACCCAGCUGUUCUUGCUGUCAAAUCAAACGUGAGUGGCGAAUAUGCGAUCACUCAUCGGACUUGUCUGCGUGGUCGUCGCUGCAACCUUGUACCUUUAUUUACUAUCUUUGAACUUGCCCCCCGGACCGCCGAGACCCGCUCAGACGGCUGGCGAGACCCAACAUGCCGAUUCGGGAGCAGAAGGGUCCGCUGAGAGAACCGAGGACACAAGAAGCAGAUUGAGGUUUCCAUCCGACUUGGAGGAUCUCCGGGAGCUGUCUGAGCUUCUUCAAUUCUACAAGACAGAGCACACGGCCUAUGUGUUGCUGCUCUUCUGCAGCGCUUACCUCUACAAGCAGUCCUUCGCUAUCCCUGGAUCCUCCUUCCUGAACAUCUUAGCGGGAGCCAUAUUCGGCCUGCACUGGGGUCUGCUGCUGGCCUGUGUGCUCACCACGGUGGGCUCCACCGCCUGUUAUCUCCUGUCUCAGGCCUUUGGGAAACACUACAUCGUCAGCCUCUUCCCCGAUAAGGUGGCCAUGCUCCAGAGGAAGGUGGAAGACAACAAGGACUGCCUGUUCUUCUUCCUUCUCUUCUUGAGGUUCUUCCCCAUGACACCCAACUGGUUCCUCAACAUGUCCGCCCCCGUCGUAAACAUUCCCGUCACCUUCUUCUUCUGCUCAGUCUUUAUCGGUCUGCUGCCCUACAACUUCAUCUGCGUGCAGACUGGCGUCAUGUUGGCGGAGGUCUCCUCCCUGGACCACUUGUUCUCCUGGCAGCGUCUCUGGCAACUUCUGGCCACGGCUUGCGCGGCGCUGCUGCCCGGCGCUCUCAUCCGCCACUACGGCCAGCGGCACCUCAAAGGGACAACGACGCACGAGCACAACGGACUCUCCGACAACAAGAAGGUCCACUGACACAUCACGUGGGUUGUUCGUUUGAACUACUAGAACUGACUGUCGGUAAACUUGAUGACAGUUCGUCUAUACAGGGCACAUACGGAGAGGGAGAGGCACUUGUGCGUGUUGCACAACUUUUGACUGUUGUAAACAUCUACCUCACCAGUAAGAAAAUUCUAGCUUUGACAACUUAAAACGGAACAGAGUACAAAAUAGCAUUUGUAAAGUGAAAAUACAACUUUGACUUUUAAAUACUGGACAAUCAAGUGUAACUUGCCAAAGUCAGGUAUAUGUGUAGAAAAUAGAUGGAAGUUCUUCAUUUUUAGUCAAUGUAUACUUCACCCAUGCAGCAGAAAGCCUUUCAAUUAUUCAUACUUUGUAUACAGCAUAAAUUUCUGCAUUUACAAAAAUAACAAUGGUAGCUGUAUUACCAUUUAUUAAAUGUAUUAUUAAUAUAAUUGUAUUAAAUUUAUAAAUCUACUUACUGUACUGGUAAGUGUGCGCCACCGUUGGAAACCUACUUUCAAAAAAGAGCAGAUACAAGGGAGCAUCUUUCAAAUGGUGUUUAUUGCUCAGAUCCAGAUUUGCUCAGCAAUACAGUUCACUCACAAGUCAAAACAACAGUACGCUCGGGGACCAGAAAGGCACAGGUCCGCCAUAAAAAGCGUCAAAACGCGGACCCCAUGUCAGUCCGGCGCACAUCAUCAGUGACCUAUUGACAUGUUAGAGACUGCCUGGGGGACAUUGGAGGGGUUUCACUUGUUGGACACACACACUCACACACGAGGAAUCUCCCAAAUGGCGAGAUGUGUAAAACCACUAGUAAAAGUUUAGUGCUAUAUGAAGCGUCUGGCAUCCAAACGUCAUUGAACAAAAAACUGCUGCAGUUGAAGUCAUCCAAA